AAAUAUCGGGACGGCAGCCUAGGUGCCAUUGCCCUCUACCGCUGCAUUGGUAAAGUCCCUGUCUGCGAGCCUGGCCCCCAGCAGGACCUGCGGUACCGAUUAGAGGGUGACCCCCGCCGGCAUGAUCUGUCGCUACGUAUCAACGGUGCCACCCUGGGGGACAGUGGACGCUAUUACUGUGGGUUGGAGGUAGAGGGAAGGGAUCACAAGACCGUGGAGGACAACAUGGGGACCCGGCUGAGUGUGGAGUCGCCGCCCAACAUCCUGUCCCUGCAGGUGGACGGCGACGAAGACUUAAAGCACAAGGCCGAGUGCCGCGUGGCAGGCUCGCCGCCACCCGACAUCCAGUGGCUAGCACCCGAGCAUCCGCUAAAAGGUUCUACGACAGGCCCGCUCAGUCUGGGUGACGACCUCAUCGUUAGCCGGCAGCAGGAUCAGGUCACAUGCUCUGCCUCCAACCCGCUUGGCAAAGAUAAAGCCACCUGCUUCCCCUUCCGACCCCCAACCAAGGAUGGCGCACCGCCCCAUAUCCUCCUUCUGCUGAUUAUUUCUCUGGGGUCGAAGGUAAUUAUGCUGCUGGGGAUUGAGGUCUGGCUGGUGUCUGCAGGCGAAGUCCAAUAAAGUUUUGAUGGAGUUUGUGCUGCCACCUCCUGGUCACUAGAUUCAUUACUACUUUG